CGAAGCCAUCGGCGUCCACCCACCACAUCGACGCGACCACACUCCACACAAGCCAUGGAGGCGUCACUCACCGUCGCCGGCGCCGGCGCGGCCGCCUUGUCUCUGCGGCCGCAAAUCCGCCUUCGAAUCACCCAAGCGACCCCUCUGAUGCCCCCUCGGCGGCUCCAAUCCGGACCCUCCAAGAUCCAGACCUCCGGCGCCCGGGCCCACCUUGCGGCGGCCCCCGCGUCCACGCCACCGGCGGCGGGAGGCGGCCUGUACUCGGCGGAGACCUACGAGCUGACGGCGGAGAACGUCGACCGCGUCCUGGACGACGUGCGCCCCUACCUCAUCGCCGACGGCGGCGACGUCACCGUCGCGUCCGUCGAGGACGGCGUCAUCUCCCUCAAGCUCGAAGGAGCGUGCGGCAGCUGCCCCAGCUCGACGACGACGAUGAAGAUGGGCAUCGAGCGCGUGCUCAAGGAGAAGUUCGGCGACGCCGUAAAAGAUAUCCGCCAGGUGUUCGACGACGAUCAGCAGCCGGCGGAGCCAACGCCCCAGGCGGUGAACGGCCACCUGGACAUACUGCGGCCGGCGAUCGCCAACUACGGCGGGAGCGUGGAGGUGGUCGCCGUCGACGGCGAGGACUGCCUGGUGAGGUACGAAGGCCCCGAGUCCAUCGGGAGCGGGAUCAAGGCGGCCAUCAAGGAGAAGUUCCCGGACAUCACCAAUGUGGUGUUCUUGCAGUGAGCUAUCCAGAAAAUUUUUACCUCAUUGGCAUGCAUGAGUUAAAAUGCACCAGUUUUCGAUGGCUGUUCAUGUGCUAGUGAACUUGUUCCGAUGUAUGUUCAGGUGCAAUCUUUACAGUGUUCGCAGAUACAAUACACAAACAGGGAAACGGAAUGAUACUUGCCUAUUGUCACCUCACUUGAAAUAGUAUUUGGAUUUAGGGGAAUAAUCCAUAUGGAUCGUCAAGUUAGAUGUUCAAAUUAUAAGUUUUCGAAGGUAGCAAGUAGCCAAGUAGGAAAAGCCCCUAAUUGGCCAAGUAUUAGCGAUUACUACUACCUAGCAAGUCUGAAAAAUCUGGCUAUUGGGGAUGAUCGAACUGUUAAAAAGUUUGUCUGAA